GUUCGACCACGCCUGGCGACUCUCUCCGUGCACGCCAUAUUUCAUGAACCUUCGUGACAAGGGCUUGAGCUCCUGGUCUCUACCAGGCGAUUGCGAAAAGGCUCUGCUCACCAUCAUGGAGCCCGGAAGCAUGUCGGCCCUCACCGGGGACUGUUUGAUGCAGCCGAGCCGGACCUGCCUGGGCUGUUUCAUUGAAUCCGCGACGGUAUUCGACGCAGAGCCUGGGAUCAGCCUAAAAGUGGGCGACAUAAAUAGGGACUACGACACCUGCUCCGUCUCCGAUAUAGGGAUCCAUUGCAUGAGCACGGGAGACAGCGUGAGAUACGGGGAUCAGCUGCUUUCAGACCAGCUUCUCAGCUUCCCUCUGCAUAAGUCAAGGGCAGCCGACAAAAGAGACGCUGAGAAAUCUGACAGUGAUUCCGAGGACCCCACGCAGAAGAAUUAUUACGAGGCGUUGCUGCUAGACAAGUGCAACGGAGAGGAGCCCUUGCUAACCAAUCCCAACCAGGAGUGGGGAUAUUUUGAAUCUUUCAUUAGCGAAAGCAAAAUCGAGCUGCUCGACCUUUGCUCAAAAAACGAGCUUUCUGUCAAUCUGUUUUCCGAAGAAGAUGUGGACAAUUACAUGUUUGACACGACCACUGACCACCUUUUGGGAAGUGACGCCCCGUUCUUAAAGAUUCGCUACGAAUCCUUCCAGGACAACGUUAGGGAGAAGACGGGCACCUUGCAAGAGGACGCCCAGUUCAACUUCUUUCCAAGCGUCUUUAGUGGGUGCCCAAAACGGGAUGGCAGAACUGCCCUGAAGAGGCCUGUAGGGGCCACCGAUCCAUCCCAUUUCAAAUCUGAGGACAGCAUCAUUUGGGGAGAGGAGGAAGUGGGCAGAGAGGAGGAGGAAGAGGAGGAGGAGGAGGGUGAGAAAGUUGCCUUAAACAAAUCCUGCACCAGUACCGAAGUGGUGCAGUACAUAGGUCCCAAAAGAAACCACUUCUUGGAACUGGUGAACUCCAUGGAAGACUCGGGGGAAUUCAGCGACGACAGCACCUGCACAGAAUCUUCCUUUGACGUGCUCCACGAUCUGAAGAACUGUAAUAAGUACCUUCCGCGAGACCACUCCAGUUCCUUCAUUCAGCAAAACUACGGUCUGCGGGCAAAAAGGAAAGUGAGAUACAGCGACGAUUACCUGUAUGACGUGGAUUCCAUUGAGAGUGAGAAAACUGUGGAUAAAAAGGAGUGGGUUCCGGAUGGACCCAAGGAGGAAGAUGAUGACGAGUGGUGCCCAAAGAAGAGGCGAAAAGUUUCUCGUAAGGAGCCACCUGUGAUCAUCAAGUACAUCAUCAUCAACCGGUUCAAAGGGGAGAAGCACAUGCUGGUGAAGCUGAGCAAAGUGGACGCCAGCGAGACCACGGUCACCCUCAGUGAGGCGCUGUUGAGCAAGUACGCAAAGCUGGCCCCCUUGAAAAGCUUUUGGGAGGAGAAACGGUGAGCUCGCUGAACUUUCUCCGCCGCCCUUCGUCACAAGCCUCUAUUCAAUGGUUUCGAGAUCUCCUUCCUGCCCCACCCGCGCAAGAGGAAGUGCAAGCUGGCCAACCGGCACAGGAUCCAGAGAAUCAAAGCCAUCGAGCAGCCGGUGAGCAAGCCUGGCUCUUGUUCAUCUGAUCUCAAGCAGCUUUGCAGCAGGAUCGAAGAAGACCACUCACCUCGAAAGGGUGCGGCUGUGACUAAUUACCGUUCCCCCGGCUGUGCAAACGGACUGCAUCUCAGCGAGAUCGCCAGCCUCGCGUCCCCCAAGUGCAGGCUGCAAAGCAGGGAGUUCAAGGGACCAGAGAGGAAAGUGCUGCGCAGAAUUAAAUUCAAAAGCGAAGCCCGGUUGAAAUGCAAGCGUAUCAAAGCAGCUGCCAGUCUGGCAGAGGCCUCCCCGACGCUGGAGAACCAGGAGCCUGCGACUAGUUUAGCGGAUGAAAGUGUUCCUUGUGCUGCAGACGGCUCUCGCCUUUCAGGGAGCCAGGAGGAUAAGGUUGCUAAAAAUUCAUCUUUCCUACCCACCACCUGCUCUUCAAACAAGCCUGCUCCAUCUGCUAAUAUCGCUGCCAACGUACCCCUUAUCCCUGGAGGCUAUCUGCAAACAUUGUUGGAUGCCUCUGAUUUGUCAGCCAAUGCUGCUAUCACCUAUUUCGGUCCCCAGCCCCCUGAUCAGCAGCAGAAUCCACUCCCGGGCGUCCUUCGGGCAGAGAAAUCAUUCUGUGCUCUGCAGCCCGCCCAGAGUUGUGUUCUGUCCCCGCCUUCGGAGUCGGAGCUGCAGCAGUCACCCAAUCACUUGGAAAUGGAGCAGAGCAACUUCAGCACCAUGUGGCCAGCUGGAUGAAGUACGUCUUCAAGAAGCGACGGUCAGAAAUUCCCCAGUCGAGAACAGGAGGCUUCUGCGCUGUCGACAACUGAGUUUGGCGGCUCUCAGGGUGCCGACAACGUCCCACCCGUUGGAUACAGUCAAGUCAGCCUGAGUAGCAACAAAUUAUUAUACCAAAAAAAGUACGUGCCAGAGAGUCAGCAGUCUCAGUCAGACGAUUCUUAUCAAUCGUGUCAUUUUAACAACAGGGAAGGGCAUUUCCAAUUCCAACGAGGCACUUAAAGCACAGACGCACGCCUAGUGAGUUUCAUCUGCGCUCUGCUGUCGGUCAGUUCGAGCAAUUACAGUUCUCUGAGCUUAAAGUCUUGCGAGAAGGAUGGGGAGGACGAAAUUGCCGACGACUUCUUGGCGCACUGCAGUCCCAAACUAGUGAUUCAGCAAAGCAUAGAUGAAAUAACCCCUUUGAAAGAGUCUACUGAUCUUUUAGAUAUCUCAAACUUCACACCCGACAAGUUCCGCCAGUCGUCACUUUCAGAAAUGUCUCCUCCGGACACCCCUAACCUUUCCCCGCAGAUAACUGGGUCGGAAUCAAAACCCUUGGGGAAUAUGAAAUGUUUCCCAGAUAGCUCCCAAGCCGUGCUGAACAGUCCCGAGAAAGUAAAAUGGAACUGUGGGGUUCUCCAGACCCAGGAUCAGGCAGAUAACGGGUUCACGUUGAAUAACCAUCAGUUUCAAUUCCAUAUGUUCAACGAUGAGGAUUCCAUCGGCCUCCUUGAAAAAAGCCCAUGCUUGUCAACAUUUAAUGAGCCAUCUGGCCAAAUUAGCACCAAUAGCAAAGUGUCAAAAUCGAAGCGGAAAAGUUCAUCUAAUAAAAAUGUGGGUCUAAACCAAAGCCCUUCUCAGAAAAAUACUCGGAAAAAAUCGCCCAAAGCCAGCAAAGGAACUGAGAAGCCGCAAGGCAGAAGCCCGAGGCAGUCUCCCAAAUCGACGAGGAAAGGGAAGAACGCAGCUGGCGAAAAGGCUGCUGGGAGUCGGACUGCAGCUUCGCUAAACAGUGCUGCUUCGGCAACAAAGGCGUUGGUGGAAUCCCUUCAGCACUGCAGCCCGGCCUCAGUCAAGACGGCAAAGCACCCGGGCCUACCUGGGGAAUGGGCCCUGGGGAAAGAUCAUGGCGCAGGCUGGGCCGACGCCAGCCUCGGAAACACCAGCAACCUUCUGGAUGACGAUCAAAGGGAAUUUGAGGAGCCGUCCAAUAUUUUAUCGAACAUUGCGUCUGGGAUGGCGGAUGUUCAGAGGUUUAUGAUGGCCUCCAUCGAACCCUUGUGGGGACCUGUGGGACAUAACAAUGUCUCCGAUUUAUUCCGAUCGCCUGAAUCCAACAGCCUAAAACUGAAAACUCUUAAGAUUUUGGCCGGGACUUCACAGGAGUCCAAGAAAAAGGUGAACGGCGGUUCUCCUGGGACAGGAAAGGGUCACAAAUCGGGUAACAAGGGCUUGGGCAAAACUGGCGGCCGAGCGGUGUCCUGCGAUCCUGGCCGCCCCAACUGUCCCGGGUACAGCACAGACAUUCCCUCUCCCUUUUUUGAUAAAAGCUACAGUCACCUGAGCACUUUAGCCAAAAAUGAGCCUACCCAUAAAAAGCUGUACCGGCAUAAGUCGACUUCUAAGUCACUGCGGGAUGAGAACUGUAAAGUAAAGCGAACAGACCGGGAACAGGCCCAUAAGGACCCACCUGGGACAGCUUCAUUUGAGAAACUGAGGGAAGCAGACUACAUUCUUCUUAAAGCAGAAACAACAUUUUUGGUUUUACCUGUAUUUGAAGAAGAGACACCUUUUUCUAGAAGGACAUUUGAUGCGUGUUUGGGGUUUUUUGUUUCCCUCCUUUUCUUUCCUUCCUCGCUCAAAAAAGAAAAAAAACCCAACAACCGAUAAUAAUGCCUUGUAAUAUGUUUGAAGUGUUAAGUGCUGAAAUCAAAAGUUUGAAAUUGUGGGACUUUUCUUAUUUGAAAGCAAAUCUAACAUGGUAUUCCCUGUGCUUCAAAAGUCAUACUGUUGUACGGUUACUUAUGCACUAUUACCCACAACCACAACCACUAUGAAAAUUGUGCCAAAUUCUGACAAAGUGUUGUGCUGUACAUAUUUUUACAUCUCUUUCAGAAAUAGGUUGUGAGUGUUUCCUGGAGCUAUUUUGCCUUUUGAUUUGCGAUAAACAUUCCAGUGAUACCAUUAACCACCCCCUUGGAAAGGAACCAUUAUGGGAAAUGAUGUUCAUCGUGUACUUACUACAAUGUACCAAAAGUUUUACGGGCAAAACUGAACGUGUGCCAAAUUUACUUACCUCAUUCCAUGAAUUUUGCUCUGUGGUUUUAGCUCAAAAAAAGAGUCGCGGUGGUUGGGUGGGUCAGGGGAAUACUUUAAAAUGGAGACUGGGGGACCGUAAUGCCCUCUGGGGGAAAGAAGCCUUGAUAGGAGAGGAGCUUCACUGUAGGAGAGAACUGUCUUCUUGAAGAAUUUCAGGUGACAAAAUUACUAAAGGUAAGUUUACCGCAAACACAAGCAUCUCUAUGUUCUGUAAACGGAAGGCAGCAGAACUUUCCAUCUCCUGUUUUAUUUGAAGCAAAAUGUGUAGCUGGAAAGAGUUUCAAGAGGAAAGUGAUGUUGCUGACGUUUUUAUAUCUCAGUUUUCAUUAUUUUAAAAUCUGGGGUAACAUCUGGAAAAUCAGAACAAAUUCCAUGUGUUUUGGUGGUCUUUCUUGACCAAAUUUACAUUCCUUCCAUCCGUCAUAGCAAAGUUUCAGUGUUUUCUUUUCACUUUUGCAGUGAAGGUCAAGUGUUGCUUGAAGGUUUAUAAAAGCAAAGCAAAAAAAAGUUGUAAUCGAUUAUGACUGUGUGCGUUAACCCCCCACACUGUACAAAAGGAAGUGGAGCUCUUGAUUAUCUCAGCAACUUGGGGCCAGAUUUUAAAAAAAAUCAGUGAUAAGCGUGGACUCCAGUUAAGUAUAGUUUCUGAAAAGUCUUAUUUCGAACUCUGCACCCAGCCUCCCUCCAAGAAAAAAAACUCUUUUCUUGUUUCUUCUUGUGUACCUAACCCACGUGUGCAUUUUGCUGCUGAUUUACUAUGAAAACUUGAUAUGCAAGGGACGUGUCAGCUGGAAGAAAGGAGGGGCCAGUCAGGGUCAGCUGCAAUAGGAGGAAAGGGUGGCAGGAAUGGGGGAAAGGGGACCUUGGAGAGCCACUGGCCGAGGAGCCAUUUCCUCUUCAGAACAAAGCACCAGAAAGGCCUGCUGAUCACCACAGCCGAGUCCUGGUUAUAUUAUUUUCAGUGGGAUGUAGCUACGAAUAACUAACUUUAACCGGAGUGUUAAUAACUGCAUUUCUACCAUAUUACACCAUCGGGCAGAGAGACGGUUGCGCCGUUCAGCUGGUGUCAGAACAGAAAACAGGUGUUUAAAGAUGUCAUGCUACAUUGGGGAAAGUCACCAAGAAGCUGUGAGGAAUGCAAGGGCCAGUUUGGGCCUUUUCUGGUCGUGUGCACUCUUUGGAGGGGAUUGAAUCUCCUGUCUUCAUUUCAGACCCUCUUUCUUUCUGUCUGUCUGUCUGUCUUGCUGCCAGUGUAUCCAUGAACUGUGAGACUGCUCUAGGGGAGCUCUUAAAGCAAUGGUGGUUGAAAGUGCCAUCAAUUCGCAACUGACUCAU